AGUUGUUUUCGCAAAGUUCCACAUGGUAUUUCGUAAACUUGCCGAAAAGGCUAAAGCCUUCGACGCGUUCCCAAAAGUUGAAGAUGAUAACCAACAACGAAGUGAAAAGGGUGGCAUCUUGACAGUUAUAGUUGCAAUUUGCUUAUUCAUGUUGACCAUGAGCGAGUUCACCGACUAUCGCAAAUACCACACCAACUACAAAUUCUUGGUGGAUCAUACAAUCGAUAACAAAAUGCAAAUAAAUAUCGAUGUUACAGUAGCAAUGCCAUGUCCUUCAUUGAUGAUUCAUGUGGUUGAUGCGACUGGACAGCGCAACAGACUCACUCAAGACCUUAAGCUUAUUCCUGCUCAAUUCUCUGCUGGUACUGCAACCAAGUACAAACAAAUUGAAGACCCCAAAUAUAUUCACGAAAUGAUCCAAGCUGCCAGUGGUAAACCUUACGAUCAUGGUAUUGCUAAUGAUAUGGGUUCAUGUAGAAUUUAUGGUUCUCUCAAAGUGAACAAGGUGGCUUCAAACCUUCAUAUUACAUCUGACGGGCACGGAUAUGCAAGCGUUGCCCACACAAGUCACGACAUUAUGAAUUUUACUCAUCGUAUUGAUGAAUUUUCAUUUGGUAAUUUCUAUCCUGCUUUAGUCAAUCCUUUAGAUAACAGUAUUGAGAUUGCCCAAACAAAUUUCGAAAUCUUCCAAUACACCAUCUCCGUUGUAAGGGAACAAAAAGUCAAUAAAAAUUCAUACUAACUGAAAAUAAUGUAGGUACCAACUUCAUUGAUCGAUCGCUGGGGUAAUUUUUUGGAUACCAAUCAGUACGCUGUUACCGAUUCACACAAGGCCUUUAAAGAAGGCCAAACGAUUCCGGGAAUCUU